AGGAGGGCGUCGGCGGAGACCUUCAGGUGGGGCUGGGGGCUCCGCCGCCCCGCAGAAGCGCCCACUGCUCGCCCCUCGCGCGCGCACGGCGCCGCCGACCGGAAAGAGGCAGCGCGGAGGCGGCCGCCCACCACCCCUUGCCGAGGCCGGGAGAGCCCCCUGAGGCGCUGCGCCCGGGCUGCGUGGCGCGUGCGGGGUGGGCGCGGCCGGGCGCGUGGGCGGAGAACGGGAUGGAGACCGGGCAGAGGCGGCGACGGCGGCAGAAGGGCAGCGCCGGACGGGACGGGGAGAAGCAGAGGCUCCCGAGGCGGCGCCUGGACGGGACGGACGUCUCCCCGGAUCACAGCUGAUGGCCCCGCCGCUGGUGCUGCCGCUGCUGCUGCUGCUGCUGCUGGUGCAGACCGGACACCCUGUGGCCAAGGCCCCUUCCCGGCCCCGCAGAGGAAUCCUCCAGCUGGCCGGGAUGGUCCAGUGCACCACAGGCCGAACUCCCCUGGCCUAUAUCCGUUAUGGGUGUUACUGUGGCUGGGGAGGCCACGGCUGGCCCAAGGACCAGGUCGACUGGUGCUGCUUUAAGCAUGACUGUUGCUAUGGAAAGGCGGAGGAGGAGAACUGUGCCCCCAAGAUGCGGAGGUACCCCUGGGAGUGCAGGGACAGCAAGGCCAAGUGCGAUGACAUUGAAGACAAGUGCCAAAAGAUGGCUUGUGAGUGUGACCGCAGCGCAGCCAAGUGCCUGGCAAAAGCCCCCUACAACGUGACCUACUUGUUCUGGCCAGAGGCCCAGUGUGGAGAGAGGAGCCCCGCGUGCCCAGACGACUGACCUGGCCCUCGCACGGCUUCCCUGCCUGCCCACCUUCCAAUCCAGGCCCUGAGCUGCUAUUUCCCCUCGGACGUCCCGGCCUCGUCUUGCUGCAGGGACUCCGCACCAGGAGGGUCUGCGGGAAGCUCUGGGGUCUCGUUUGCAGGAUGAUACCCAGCUCACUUUGGGAUGCAAAGCUUUGCACUAACAAGUCCUGGCAUGUGGGAAUGAGGCUGGGCAAAGAGAGGCAGCCUGGGGAGGCCAGAAAAAAGGCCACCUAGCCCUCAGGGGGGAAAGUGGGAGCAGCAAGAGGGCUAGAAGAUCCCCUUCCUAGUUUGGGGCUUGUAAAGGGAUGGGAGAGGACUUUGAGAACUUGUGUCAGAGCGGAAACACAACCAGGUGGGCUGUUUCUACUUCAUUGCAAAGCUGCAUUAACAGAAUCUUCCAAAUCUGAAACUCCAAAUCUCUCCCUGUCUCCUUUACAGUCCACGAAACUCGAGGGUGGGGGGCCCUUCUUACCCCCCAUUCCCACAUUCCAUUACUGUCCAGAAAGCAAGAGCUCCCAGGGUGGCAAGGGGGGGAUAGGAGGUACUUGGUUUAAUGAAUAUUGCAAAGUUAAGUCAUCACAGCCUGGACCUUGAUGGGCACCAGGCAGCCGUAAGACCUGCCAUGGUUCAGCCCAGCCUACCUCACAAUCUAAAGAAGAAAGGGAAGGAGGAACACUGGGUGAAAAAAUAACUAUCACUAUUUUUAGAAAACAUUAUUUAAUUUGUAAAAAUGUUCUAUGCAAAUUUAAAGAUCAUAUUGAUACAAAUGCAGAGUCCAAUUUCAUUUAUAGGGACAUCACAUUUAACAGAAAGAUUCACCAGAGAUUUAACACAAAGCAACACGGAGAAAAUUUAGACACACAGAGAAACCAAUUGGCCUACUUACACGCAAGGGGUCCUUUUCCAAAGAGUUCGCAACAACCUCAGUCGUCGCAAAGGGAGAUUUUGGAUGAUGCAAAGUUUACAUCGUCUUU